AUGGCCGCCUCCAAGACUCCCGCCCUCGAGCCGGCGGCGGGCUUCUCGCUGGAGUCCCGGCCCAAGCGGCCGGAUCGCGUGCCUUUGGCAAAAGGGGAAUACUCGGUCGCGUCCCGAGCUCUGGGACUGGCAACCUACUUCCUUUCGGGAGCGCUGGCUAUCAACAUAUCUCAAUUCCUGGGGUCUCCACUGAAAUCCAUCAACGAAGACUGGUACAACGCAUGGAUUGCCUUCACCAAGCAGUCCUUCGGGCUGCUGACCAUGACCUUGACCCAGACGUUCGCGCCGACCAAGGUGAUCGUGUCCGGCGACGAGUCUGUGCGAGGUCAACUCUUGAAAUCGACGGACGGGAAUCUGAUUUUGGAUUUCCCGGAGCGGCUCGUCCUCAUCGCGAACCAUCAGAUCUACACCGACUGGCUUUAUCUCUGGUGGAUUGCGUAUUGCAACGGCAUGCAUGGUCGACUGUACAUCAUCCUCAAGGAGUCACUGCGCAAAAUCCCCGUCCUGGGCUGGGGCAUGCAGCUGAACCAGUUCAUCUUUCUCAAGCGCAACUGGGAAGAAGACAAGCCGAACAUGGCUAGGUCUCUGCAAAAACUCAACAAACCGACCGACCCGAUGUGGCUGCUUCUGUUCCCCGAAGGCACGAAUCUGGCGCCCAGCACGCGUGCGAAAAGCGCGGCCUGGGCGAAGAAGAACAACAUCCCCGAUUGCAGGCACACCUUGCUCCCACGGAGCACGGGCCUGCACUUCUGCCUCGACGAGCUGAAGGGCUCGGUCGAAUACGUCUACGACGUAACGGUCGUCUACGCGGGCGUGCCUCGGGGUCAGUACGCCCAGGACAUCUUCACCCUAAAGGCAGGGUACAUGGAAGGCCGGCCUCCCAAGUCUGUUCACAUGCACUUCCGCCGGUUCGCGGUCAAGGAUAUCCCGAUACACGACGACAGGGCAUUUGAACUGUGGCUCAGGGCCCGCUGGCGCGAGAAGGACGUGAUGAUCGAAGAGUACUAUCAGACCGGCAAGCUUCCCGCCGACUACGGCGGCACGCGGUACAAGUCUGGCAAGGUCCUCCGAGGAUGCGGACACAUGGAGGUGCCCAUCCGCGCGAGCCAUUGGUACGAAUUCCUCCAGAUUUUCGCCCCCAUGGGCAUCCUCGCCAUGAUCCUGUACAUUUUCUACGGCGAUCUGCCGCAGCGGUUCUGGAAGAGUAUCAACAAACAGGCGCUGCGGGCAGGGACACAAGACCUGCGCAAAGCCGGCGCGCAGGCCGGGAAGGGGGUCAAAUCUGCAGGAUCGUCGCUGGGAGGACUGACACUGGACGAUUUCUUCCAGCCGGGCAAGCAGGAGGAGACGUUCAAGGCCGGGGCCAUGGCUGUGCAGAGGCUCAUCACGUCGCCCCAGGCCCAGACUUUACUCAACCGCGCGGACUUUAUGCAAGCCUUCCUGUCCGACCCGACGAAAAUGGUCCAAGACACCAUUACGGACAAGCAGCAGAGUUUCAUGCAGCAGCUGGCUCAAGAGGAAGCGAAAAGGCAGCAGCAGCACUCCAACGCCACUCCUCCGGCGGGGACCGGCUUCGUCAGACCCAUCCCGAGCAGGUCAUCAUCCGGAGGAUCAGUAAAGGGACCUCCCGCCACCAACAAGGGCAAUUUCUACAACCAACUCAAUGCUGAGGAGAGGAGCAGGGGUGGGUCCGUCGCCUCAAACGCAGCAAAGAAGGGAACAUUCUAUGACAGCUUGAAAGCCGAGGAACAGAGCCGUCGCCACUCCGUGAAGCAAUCAGAUGCAACAGGAAAAGGUACAUUCUGGCAGGACCUGAAAGAGGCAGAGGUCAAGAGAAUCGGUUCCGCCCCUGCGGCGAAGACGCCCCUGACGAGCAAGAAUCUCGCAUCGAAAGGGACUUUCUGGGACGCGGUCAAGAAGGAGGAGAAUACCAGGAUGGGCACGGUGGUGACGCUCUCCAGCAAUGCAACCACGGCUGUAGCUUCGCAGAGCUCCAAGUCUUCUUCCACUUCGCCACCCAAGUUGGGGCCCAAGAAAGCGGGCUCAAGCGCCGUGAAGCAGAAUAGCCCAAAUGUGGCGAAGGGGCAAAGAUCUGUGCAGAAACCAUCGAGUGCCACUCCCACAGCGGUCCAGAAGCAAAAAAUGUCGGAACCAGCAUCAGGACCGUCGAUGACGAAGCCGGGCCCCGUAUCGUCAACGACUCCGGGCGUGAAGAAGGGCGCGUCAUCGGCUGUUUCUAGGCAAAGUGCUACGAAGCCAGCAUCAACAUCAGCAUCCGCCGCGAAGCCUCCGCCAAAGUCGACGCUGGCAAACACGGGACCCCCAAAGCCACUGGCGCCAAUCAAGAAGCAGCCGACAGCAACAGCUCCAGCGACGCCAGCCUCGAAGCUCGCGGCCCAGAAGCCCGGGACCACGCCGGCAGCCACAAAAGGAGGAAAGAAACCGACCCCGAAGGCAACAACCAAUCCGAGUCCCAGCAAGAGUACUGGCCCGCCGGCAGUGAAGAAGCCACCAGCGCCAGCAUCCAACGCUGCUGGGCCGCCGAAGUUGAAGACGAUGGCAAAGAAUUGA